AUGGCAGCCCUCCGUGCUGCUGGCGCCGCCAACGCCCUGCGGCCUUCUGUUGCGGCGGGCUCGGUGGCCUCGUCGCGGUCCUUCAGCAGUGCUGGCGCUGUGCGCAAGGCCGCCCAGCCUUUCCACAAGGACGAGCCCCAGGCGCCCGUCCUCAAGACCAAAUCCAUCCCCGGUCCUGAGAGCACCCGCUACAUCGACGACCUCAACAAGUCGUUUGAGACGCGGAGCGUCAAUAUGAUGGUCGACUACACCAAGAGCGUGGGAAACUACGUUGCUGAUCCCGAUGGCAACCUCUUGCUCGACGUCUAUGCCCAGAUUGCAUCGAUUCCCGUCGGCUACAAUAACGCGGCCCUGGCCGAGGUCGCCCAAUCCCCCGAGAUGGUCUGCGCCAUCAUCAACAGGCCGGCCCUGGGCAACUUUCCCUCCCACACGUGGGCUUCCCUUCUCAAAACGGGUGUCCUCAAGGUCGCGCCAAAGGGCCUCGACAACGUCUACACCGCCAUGGCCGGCUCCGACGCCAACGAGAUCGCGUACAAGGCCGCCUUCAUGUACCGCCGCCAGCUCGAGCGUGGUGGCCCCGACGCCGAAUUCACCCCUGAGGAGUUGGAGUCGGCCAUGAGGAACGAGGCCCCCGGGUCCCCCCAGCUCUCCAUCCUGUCCUUCAAGCAGGGCUUCCACGGCCGCCUCUUCGGCUCCCUCUCCACCACCCGUUCCAAGCCCAUCCACAAGCUCGACAUCCCGGCCUUCGACUGGCCCCAGGCCACCUUUCCGCAGUGCAAAUAUCCCAUGGACCAGCACGUUGAGGAAAAUGAGAAGGCCGAGCAGGCCAGCCUCGACGAGCCCAUUCAGAGCGAGGGCGGUGACAACCACGCCCCUCCAUCCUUUUUCCGAAAGCUCCGCGCCCUUACCAAGAAGCACAACGUCCUGCUGAUUGUCGACGAGGUCCAGACAGGCGUCGGCGCCACUGGCAAGUUCUGGGCCCACGACCACUGGAAUUUGCAAGAUCCUCCCGACAUGGUCACUUUCUCCAAGAAGGCCCAGACUGCCGGCUACUACUACCGCACAAAGGACAUGCGGCCCAACAAGCCCUACCGCCAGUUCAACACGUGGAUGGGCGAUCCUGCCAAGGCGCUGCUCUUCCGCGGCAUCAUUAACGAGAUUGAGCGUCUCGACCUCGUCAACCACACCGCAAAGGUCGGCGACUAUCUCUACGGCAAGAUUGAGGGUCUGGCUAAGCAGUAUCCCGACCACUUCCGGAACCUGCGCGGCAAGGGCCAGGGUACCUUUAUCGCAUUCGACAACCCCAAGCGAGACGCCUUCCUCGCAAAGGCUAAGACGUUUGGCAUCAACAUUGGUGGCAGCGGCACCAGCGCCGUGCGCCUGCGCCCCAUGCUGAUCUUCCAGCAGCACCACGCCGACAUCCUGGUCGAGGCGCUGGAGAAGAUUGUCAAGGCUCUGUAA